AUGGCCAGUUCGACCAAGAUCCGACAGACGACCAGCAAAGUGGAGGCCGAGGUUCUCGAUGAAUAUGCUCGAAUGGUGGAGCUCCUAGAUCGCAUGUCUAAUUCGGCACACGAGCUUUCGACUCUGCCGCCGUAUUUGUUGGAAGGCCUGUUGCCACUAGAGCGGAAGAUGGGAUUGGUGUUGACUUUAUUCAAAGCUUCGGUCUGGUCGGUCCUUGUCCAAAAACAAAGGGAAUCUGAAAAUCGACACCAUUAA